UGGUGACGUCACGCGCGGGGCCUUGUGGGCCGGGGGAGGAACGCGAAGCGCCAUCUUCCGCGGCGGCGCUGACGGGCGGCGGCUGCGAGCGGAGCGCGGGGACAGCGGGCGGCCGGGCGUGCUGCGGGGCGCCCGGCUCGUGAGGCGGCGCGAGCCCUGAGGCGGCGGCCCUCUCCGCGGCCCGGCCCGGCGGCUGACAGCGGCCCAGCAGCACGAAUGUAUGACAACAUGUCCACAAUGGUGUACAUAAAGGAAGAGAAGUCGGAAAAGCUCACACAGGAUGAAAUUAUUUCUAAGACAAAGCAAGUAAUUCAGGGCCUGGAAGCCCUGAAGAAUGAGCACAACUCCAUCUUACAAAGCCUGCUGGAGACUCUGAAGUGCUUGAAGAAAGAUGACGAGAGUAAUCUGGUGGAAGAGAAGUCCAACAUGAUCCGGAAGUCCUUGGAGAUGCUGGAACUUGGCCUGAGUGAAGCACAGGUGAUGAUGGCUCUGUCUAAUCACCUGAACGCCGUGGAGUCUGAGAAGCAGAAGCUGCGAGCACAGGUGCGCCGGCUAUGCCAGGAGAACCAGUGGCUGCGGGAUGAACUGGCCAACACGCAGCAGAAGCUCCAGAAGAGCGAGCAGUCAGUGGCACAGCUGGAGGAAGAAAAGAAGCAUCUGGAGUUCAUGAACCAGCUCAAAAAAUAUGACGACGACAUUUCUCCAUCUGAGGACAAAGACUCUGAUUCUUCCAAAGAGCCUCUGGAUGACCUUUUCCCGAAUGACGAUGACGACCCUGGCCAAGGAAUCCAGCAGCAGCAGAGCAGUGCGGCAGCUGCAGCGCAGCAGGGGGGCUACGAGAUCCCGGCGCGCCUGCGCACGCUGCACAACCUGGUCAUCCAGUACGCCUCACAGGGCCGCUACGAGGUGGCCGUGCCACUCUGCAAGCAGGCGCUCGAGGACCUGGAGAAGACGUCCGGCCACGACCACCCCGACGUGGCCACCAUGCUCAACAUCCUGGCGCUGGUGUACAGAGACCAGAACAAAUACAAAGACGCAGCUAAUCUGCUGAAUGAUGCUCUGGCCAUCCGCGAGAAGACACUGGGCAAGGACCACCCUGCGGUGGCUGCCACUCUGAACAACCUUGCAGUGCUUUACGGCAAGAGAGGGAAGUACAAGGAAGCGGAGCCACUGUGCAAACGGGCGCUGGAGAUCAGAGAAAAGGUUCUGGGAAAGGAUCACCCUGAUGUUGCGAAGCAGUUAAAUAAUUUGGCCCUGCUGUGCCAGAACCAGGGCAAGUAUGAGGAAGUGGAAUAUUACUAUCAGAGAGCCCUGGAGAUCUACCAGACAAAACUGGGGCCUGAUGACCCCAAUGUGGCCAAGACGAAAAAUAACCUGGCAUCCUGCUAUCUGAAGCAAGGAAAGUUCAAGCAAGCUGAGACACUAUACAAAGAGAUUCUCACUCGUGCGCAUGAAAGGGAGUUUGGUUCUGUUGACGAUGAAAAUAAACCCAUUUGGAUGCACGCGGAAGAAAGAGAAGAAUGCAAAGGAAAGCAAAAGGAUGGGACCUCUUUUGGCGAGUAUGGUGGCUGGUACAAGGCCUGUAAGGUUGACAGCCCAACGGUCACGACUACUUUGAAGAACCUCGGCGCGCUGUACAGGCGUCAAGGCAAAUUCGAAGCUGCUGAAACGCUGGAGGAAGCGGCCAUGCGGUCACGUAAACAGGGUCUUGACAAUGUUCACAAACAGAGGGUGGCGGAAGUGCUGAAUGACCCUGAGCACAUGGAGAAGGGGCGAAGCCGGGAGAGCCUGGACGUGGUCAAGUACGAGAGCGGCCCAGACGGAGGGGAGGAAGUGAGUAUGAGCGUAGAGUGGAACGGGGACGGCACUGGAUCUUUAAAACGCAGUGGUUCCUUUAGCAAACUCCGGGCUUCCAUUAGACGCAGCAGUGAGAAGCUGGUUAGGAAGCUGAAGGGAGGAAGUUCACGGGACAGUGACCCAAAGAACCCUGGCAUGAAGCGCGCCAGGUCUCUGAAUGUCCUGAACGUGACUGGCAGGGCAGCAGAAGACCACAUCCAAGAACGAGCCCAUUGUCUCGCAGACUCUCGCGCUCUGAGUGCCAGCCACUCUGACCUGGCCCACUGAGGGCAGAGCCGGGCCUGAGGCCACCACCGGGCAGGGGCAGGGCUGGGCUGCCAGCCUAGAUAGUGAACCCCAGGGGCUCCCCGGUUCCAUUCAGCUCUGCCCUGAGACUGAGGUGGUGGGUGGGAGGCAGCCCCCCGCCCACACACUGUGCUUUCUGCCAUGACGCCAGUCUCCUUCCACGCUUCUGUUGUGUUGAGGCUGCUCAUUGGGAAGCUGAGCUGGAAGCUUAGGACGAGCAGCUGACAGCCCGUGGCAGUCAGACCUGGACCCCCGGCCCGGCCCCUCCUCAGGAGUGCCCCACUUCGCUCAGCCGGCAUUCUGGAGGCCUUUCUCUACAGGCCUAGACGCUCCACUUUCAAACCGCUUCUCUUUGUAGACUUAGUAGCCAGCCCCCACCCCUCGGCGUCAUGUCUGAAGAGGUGUCAGCCAGGCAGGUGUCGGCAGCGGGUGAGGGCAGGACAGCCACAGACUGCACGGCCACCGCCCACCCUGACGGGGCCUCCCUCGUCUGAGGCUGCUCAGCAGGGGCCGUGCGCUUCCAGCUGCCGGACCUCAGCCAGGCUGCCCAGCCAGGCACAGCCUGGGCUCGCUGCUGCGCUGCUGCGAGGCCCUAGGCAUGCAGGAGCCUGCAGGGGACUGCAGAGGUGCCCCGUCCCCCCCCAGCCCAGUCUGGCGAUGCAGCUUAGGGGUACGAGACACUAGAGGGAAGGAGGGAGGGUGGCAGGCAAUGCAUCUGGACAGGACAGGCAGACCCACUGCCUCUGUGGUGACCUUGGCUGCUUCCGCUGCUGUCGUGGGGUCGGAGGGUUAGUGUUUGGGCCUCCUAGGCUGCAAGGUCAGGAGUCCCUCUCGGAGGGACUCAGUUAUUUCCCAUCACCCAUUUGGGCAGCUGCUACCACUACCGAGUAAGUAGUUCAGUGUUAACAGCAAAAACUAAGACAGUUUAGACCAACUCGGUCAUAUCUGUACAAAGUAUUCUGGAAGGCACGUGACAGGAAGCUCACUUUCAAAAGGUUCAAAUUUGUACUGAGCUGUCAGAGGGUGACCAUAGAGGGGACGUUUACGUGGGUUAGGCCGGUGUCCUCAGGGCCAGUCCCCCACGUCCCGGGAGGAUCAUGCUCUGUCCAGUGGCACAGGACUCCUGGGGUCCGAGGGUGGUGAGGAGCGGAGGUGUUCUACUUCCGGAGCACCCCGGCCCAAGGGGCUGUACGGGUCCCCCUGUGGGUAGCACCACCUGGGGGUGCUGGUGUGUGGCAUGAAGUUUGCUCCCCCAGGCAGGUGAGUCAGCCCUUAAAACACACGUCCUAUCUCGGUUUUAUUUUCUCACUGUUGGUGUGACUUGCCUAGAAAAUGACUUGGACCAGUUGGUAUUUAAUUGCAAGAAUAAAAUGUCUUAUUUCCUGUU